CAGAAGCCAUCCCCUGCUCCAGUUGAGCCGCAACCUCCUGUCCUGAGCUGCAGCCAUCUCCUGAUCCACCUGAGCGGCAUCCUGGUUCCCUGGCAUCACUGGUCCCACCGGCUCCUCUGCCAGUCUCUCUGUCGUCGGCCUCCAGUCCUGCUGCCAUGUCGCCAGCCUCCUGCCUUAAUCUCCAGCAAUGCCGCUGGCCUCCAGAAGGUUUCUGCCAUUCGCCGCCAGCCUCCGCAGGGUCCCCUUUUCUGUCCUGCCCCUGGGUCAUUCGCCUGAGGUCUUCCAGGCUUCAUGAACACAUGGCUGUGUGGAUCUGUACUGGACUCUGUGGCUGGCAGGCUUCCAACUCUUCAGAGCGGAUUGCAACACAGAACUCUCAGGCAAAUCAAAAGGUGGAGACAUUAACAAUGGAUGGUGUAAUGAUGUACCAGUGAUUUCUACAGCACUGUUCUCCUGAUCUGGAAUUUUCUUUGAUAAACUGUAAACCCUUUUAUUCCCCCUGUGAGUUUGCAUCCUUCAUUUGCACAUACUCACAGUAAAAACACCAUCUUCCUUCAGUUUCAUCAGCUAGCUUUUUACCAAAGCUAAAGGUUGUUUUCCAGAAGCGGCCGCAAUCCUCAUUGGUCCCAGCUGACUCCACCUGCAGGUGAAAGACUGACUUCCUGUCUGAUGGGAGACAUCACGUGAAACUGGGGAAACACAUCUCUGACUCCCGAACCAUAAGCACUCAUUCCCCUCAAGGCUGCGUCCUUUCCCGACUACUCUUCUCCCUCUAUAAUAACAGCUGCACCUCCAGUCAUCAGUCCGUCAAGCUCCUUAUUGGCCUCAUCUCUGGUGGGGCUGACUCAGCCUACAGGUGGGAGAUCAACCAUCUGGUCACCUGGUGCAGAUAGAACAACUUAGAUCUCAACACAGUAAAGACAGUGGAGAUGGCUGUGGAUAUGAGGAAGAACCCAGCCCCACCUGCCCCCAUGACCAUGUGUCACUCCCCAGUCGACACUGUGGAGACCUUCCGCUUCCUGGGCACCAUCAUCACACAAGACAUCACCAAGAAAGCUCAACAGAGGAUAUACUUCCUGCAGCACAUUUUUGGGAAGAGUGAAUCAACAGGUUGUUGACAACCAGGAGCCUUAACAGGCACUCAAACUUCACAGUAACACAGUAGUUUCAAAUGGGCUUGAACGUCAAAGCAGAAAUUAGUACCAAACAUAACCGUAGAAAAUAAUGUGUCACUUGCUCUAUGGUAUCAUGUCAUUUCUGUGCACACUUCCAAAACAUAAACAUUUCCUCUGCCAAACGUUCGGCCAAUUUUACAUUUUUCAGCCCUGGCCUUUGGGUCUCCUGAAACAUAGAGGGUUUUCCCAACCACUGAGCAACACUGCCUACAAGUUCAGGUCUCUAGAGUUUGAUGAAGUUGUUUACAAGUUAGUAGUUCUUGGUGAAGAGUUUUAAUGAGAUCCAUGGAGGGUGAAGCAAUCUGAUAAAAAACAUUCCGACUCAAACGUUAAGGUCAGGUAACUGUAAAUGGAAAAGACUCUCUUGUACAGGUUACAUGUUUCUUCAGUGACAUAGUUUUUUGACAACCUUAAUGGAUGAUGAAUUGAAUGUAACAUAUGUAACUCUUGGUGGACAUGUGGAAGUUGACAAAUACAGAUAUGUUUAUUUUGUGAUUAUGUUCACAGUUUAUAUUCUAAUAAUCUGCAGUAAUUCUACUAUUGUGUACCUUAUUUGGAUUCAUCAAAGCCUUCAUGAGCCUAUGUACAUUUUCAUUGCUGCUUUGUUACUAAACUCUGUUCUUUUGAGCACUGCUAUCUACCCAAAGCUUUUAAUUGAUUUCUUAUCUGAAAAGCAGAUCAUAUCUUAUUCAGCCUGUCUCUUUCAAUUUCAUAUAUUUUACUCUUUAGGUGGUUCAGAAUUCUUACUGUUGGCAGCCAUGGCCUAUGACAGGUAUGUGUCUAUAUGUAAACCUCUGCAAUAUCCAACUAUCAUGAACAAAACAACUGUCACUAUUUUCUUGGUUUUUGCUUGGAUUCUGCCUGCCUCUCAGGUUGCAGUGCCAGCUGGAUUGAGUGUGAAUAAAAAACUCUGUAGCUUUAUUUUAAAAGGAUUUUUUUGCAAUAAUACAGUUUAUAAACUUCAAUGUGUGGUCUCAAGAGCACAAAUUAUACAUGAUAUGGUAAUUUUGCUAAAUGUUGCACUUCUCCCUGUGCUUUUCAUACUUUUUACGUACACAAGGAUACUUGUAAUAUCUUAUCGGAGUUGUAGAGAAGUCAGGAAAAAAGCUGCACAGACUUGUUUACCCCAUCUGAUAGUUUUAAUCAACUUCUCCUGUUUGUGUGCAUAUGAUGUCAUUACAGUUCAGCUGGAAUCUGAUUUUCCAAAAACUGUACGUUUAAUAAUGUCUUUACAAAUAGUAAUGUAUCAUCCACUCUUUAAUCCAGUCAUAUAUGGACUGAAAAUGAAACACAUUUAUAAACACCUCAGGAGGUUGUUCUGUCCAGCCAAAAUGAUCUGAUGUAUUAAACCUAAAAAUAAAUGUACAGACAUUUAUUUUGUAAUUUAUGAAUGUAUGAUAUUUUAAAUGUAUUUUGAAUUAUUCUUUCUAUGACAAAUGAAAAGUAAAGAAUAUUUUCAAUUUCAA